AUGUACAACCGCCCAAACCCCAAGGAGCAGACGCUCAACGCGUCUGACCCCACCGCAAGGCGCACAAACAUCCCAACUCAACAACUCCUGAAGGCCCUCGAAAGGAAAUAUACGAAGGAUCAGACGAGACAAACGGAUAUCGAAGAGUUCGCUGGCUGUCAUUGCGACGUCGGAUCCGCAGCACUCUCUAAUCCCUUUGCGCUGAAUGAUUCACGAGUGCUUCGAUAUCCACACAGGGAUCAUGUUCGACCGCGAGGGCAUGCCCUCCGUCUUGACCCUGAUACGUUGCAUCCAGAAAUCCUUAUGCGUCCGCCGAUGUCGCCCAUUACCGGUACUUUGCGCAUCCAGGACAUCCCUAAACCGAUCUAUGGGCCACCCGAUGAAACUCAUCUCCCCAAUUUCACUGACGUUGACUAUUCCGCUCUCUAUAAAUCUGAGGAAGGCCACGCCACGCUCCAUUUACUGUCCAUUUACGAUCAACUUUCUCUUGCCCCAUUAUGGUGGAUGCUUGAGGUUUGGCCCAUGAAGCAGCAUACCAAAAAUCUGAUAACUCGUGGGUCUCGUAUCUGGGCUUCAGCUUGGGCGGCGGGAGGUUCAUCCCGAAGCAAAAGAGGGAUGGUGUCAAGAUUCAUCGGAGCGAUCAAGAUGAAGAUGGAAGCAUUGCACUCAAACGGUACCAAAUUUGAGAAGGUGUAA